CCCGACAGAGAUCGUGCUUCCAAGAUGUCGUGGGCGCCGUUGGUGAUCGCCUCAGCUGCGUGGAGCGCGGUGGUCGCGUCGAGCGGACCGUUCUCGUGUCCCAGUCUGGAACUGUGCAGCUGCGUCGAUGAGCGCGUGGAUUGCGCGUGCCCGGGGGAUGAGGCUCUUGACCUGUUCGCGUUGUUCGAGCCCGACGUGGAGUACAUCAGCGUCAGGCACUGCGGAGUCGUGCACGUGCCACCGUAUCUGGUGGCCAGUCUGUCUCUCGAAGAGUUCACGCUGAGCGACAUCGGCCAGCUGGUGAUUCGCUCGAUGGCCUUCGAGAGGGUGUCGGCGGUGCGCACCAUGCGAAUUCGCAACGUGCGCAACCUCACUUUGGAGCACCUGGCUCUGCACGGGCUGCGCGGCACCGAGCUUCUGGAGAUGAACAACGUGACCACGGCCGAGCUUCCGCCUGCCGCGCUGGCAGGAUUCACAGACGUCCAGGAGCUGGCAAUCCGGGACUCGCACCUUGGACAGGUCCACUCCAUGGCGCUGCUGUUUGCCAAAGGCAAGUCAUGCCGGCUUUCCCACACGCUCUUGGACCAGGCGCAGAACGGCUCUCUCGUGUUCGACUCGGUCAGCACUGUCGAGGUGUCGAACUGCACCUUCGGCAACGUCAGCGGGGCCCCUCUGUCGGCCACCAACGCGACAGAGGUCAUUGUCCGCGACUCCACGUUCAAAGAGCUCCGAGAGCGCGGUAGCCUGCUCCUGCUGGGAGGCGCCAACGCGACCUCAGUCGUCUUCGAGAACAACCGCAUCGACGUCGCGGGGACCGGAGCUCUGGCGCAGCUGUCAUCGGCGAAGAACGUCACGUUCGCCCGAAACGUCAUCCGGACCGCGAAAGAAGCCGCGCUCCCGUCGGGGCCGGCCGUGAAGUUCGCGAACAACUCCUUUCUGUGCUCGUGCGAUGCCUCGUGGCUGUGGAGACAUAAAGCCGCAGGAGGUAGCGUCGCCGUCUACGAAGCAGCGGCGGUGAUCAACUCGAGCCUCUGCGUCGGUCCUCCUCCGCUGGACGGACUGAGGAUGAACGAAGUCGAGCCUGUGCCGGCCAACGGGACCUGCAGGUUGAUGAAGGCGUCGAAACGCGAUGCGCGCGAGAAGGUGCUAGCACGGCUCAGCGGCGUACUCAGAGCAUCUCAGAAGCCAGUGCGAGCGUGUGGCGGUUGGACUGUUCUGGCUGUUCUCGUGGCACUCGCAAUACCGCAUUGACGAACGAGGCUGUUGGCAGAGAACUGUGGCUUAAAGCGCAUCAACGAUGGUUGGCAUCAUCUCUAUUAAGGGGGCUAAGCUUCGCUACAGCACCCUCUGCCCCCCUCUCCCGCUAGUUGAGUCUACGGUGUAAGAAAAGUACCCUGACACCAUGGUCGAGUCCAAAAGAAAGCGAGCUCCUCAAUGGAUGCAAAAAGGAAAAUGAAGCGACGGCGUGCUUCUCACAAAGGCCUUUCAUUGGUCCAUGGUUUUCCAGGGUAAAGGUGGGAGGUAGACAGGUCCUUUAUUGCAACAUCAGGGGUCCUUGGUCACCAUUAUUGUCAAAAAAAAAAACAAAAAACAUGCGCUGCCAUAACGCUGUGCAUUAAGAAAUGACGUGAAAAGGCCCACCUGGGUAAAGGUAUGUGGCAGAAUUGGCGCCCCCUUUUCAAUGAUUAACGGGGGCGGCCACCCUCCCUCCCCCCUGCCCUCCUCGUGCGCACGCCUAUGGUUAGCAUCAUGAAUGACCGCUGCUGGACACGUGAAGGCACGCGCCUAUAUAUACUAAGGGAAACUGAGUGCUGAACAACGAUCGAGGCACCCGUUUAUUUUGUAUACACUGUUCAUGUGUAUUGUGAAUUGUGUGCACUCGUCAGGCCCGUAGCCAGGGGGGGGCACCCCCCCCUUCCGAAAUUUUGAUGACACAUGGUGUUUUAUCGGAAAUCAUGAGAAUAGGCGUUUUUUCUCAAAUAGUCAAGGCUUUCAGCAAGU